AUGAGCUUGAUCCGAAAAUUUGCAUCGACUCGCCUAUCUCUCGCGUUCCGUUACAUCAAAAACACAUUUACCACAUGCUCUCACCACAACGGUCUCUACACAUCCGCCGACUUUCCACUACGCCGAUUGCAUCAAACACAUGAAUUUCCACUUUUCCCAUCUACAUCUACUCUUUCCCGAUUCCAUCCACUCACAUUUUCCAAGUCCCAAAUCCGAAACCUAUCGACCCCUGUCGACAAAGGCUUUUCAAGAUCCACGCUCCGUCCUCGUCUCCGGCAUCGAUCACGCCCAAAACUCGUUUCCGUUCUUCCGCCGUCUUCUGGCCGUCUUGCCAACGGCACGCCUCGAAAUCCAGCCGCUGUUCGCUCCGUCUACAAUCCUGUCCUCAAAAGAUUUACCAAGAAACACCCACCGUCCAAUAUCCUUCCGCGAAUAGAUGAAAAUUCGGGAUUGGGAUUUUUUAAAAUUACCUUGCGUAGAAGUGUUAUUGGAAUUUCGAGGAGGUUGAGGAGGGUCGUAAGAGCAUUGGGAUUCGUAAAGUUGCAUCAGACUGUUUAUCAUGCUCAGACACCGUAUAUAGCAGGCAUGAUUCUAAGGAUAAAGGAACUGGUUGAGGUCGAAAAUGUGGAUAAGAAACCAGAAAAGAAAGAAAAGAGAGUUGUGGUUGAGAGAGGAUACGUUGUUAUUAAGAGGCAGGGUGGACAGAUAAACCAAUUGAACCAAAUUGAGCCGGAGAGCCAGAAUGGGCGAACUAACAAGAUUAAGAACAUCGGAACGGGCCUUGGAGAAAAUAGAUUUUUGUUGUUUGACGAUGUUGAUAAGAAGUAA